AUGGAACAUCACCCCCCAACCACUGUCUAUGACGCCAAUGCCACGAAGAGCAACCUCAACAACGCAGUCGAUCCUUCUAUCUCAAAAGGGAAUCCUCUGGUGUCUUCAUGGCUCCCUCUCAUCUAUAACAGCCUCUCCUCUCUCCUACACUGGACAGGCUCCUACUCAGCCGAGAUGAUAGAGUACCAUCUCGCCUUUGUAGCUGAGGCUGUGGUCCCCCGCCUUAAACCGCCUGCCGCAGCUGAUGAGCCGCGCUACCUUGCGACGCAUAGCCAUGGGAUAUAUGAAGCAAGCAUCGCCUUUGCGUCUCACACUCCUGCCAAAGUGCGGUUCUCAGUGCAGCCGCUGGUAAGCCCUGCAUGCGAUGAUCUCUUAGGCCAGAAGGGAACGCGCGAAAAAAUAGAGGGUAUAGCGUCUGUUUGCAGUGCAGACCGCACCUGGCUGGAUGAUUUUGUGGAUUCUGUCUUCCUUACUGCUGAGGAAGAGGCAGAAUUAGUCGACAAGAAGGCCAAUGGUGAUGCUGCUACUAGUACACCGCUGCAGCAGAACUGCUUCGUUGCAUUCGAUCUCGAAACCAACAUGGAUAAGAACGGUAACGCAGCAAUCAUCAUGAAGACUUACCUGUUCCCGCAACUCAAAGCCCUCGCAACAGGCCAGAAGCUAGUGGACAUUACGGAGUCCGUUAUGAUACGACUUGCCGGGGGCAAUAAGGACAUGUUGGCCGCCUGGAACCUGCUCAAAACGUUUUUAGUCUCCAACCACGAAGUCAACAUAGAUUUCCUCGCUAUCGACUGCCUAGCGCCUCACAAGAAGCCUCGCGCCAAGGUGUACGUCCAUACACGCCUUAGCUCGCUCAGCUUAGCCCGCACCGUCUUCACCCUAGGAGGUCUUCUUCCCAAUUCAUCCGCUGACUUUCUGUCACAAGUCUGGCCCCUGCUCAUGGACAUGGAAGACGUUUCUCAGGCCACCAUGGAUGGUGUAGAAAAGCCUCUCAACAAGCCGGAUAAAGACAAUAUGCAGAGCCGAGGGCUUUGCUUCACCCUCUCACUGGUACCAGGCAAAGUAAUUCCGCAAAUCAAGAUGUAUGUGCCUAUGUGGCAGUACGCGCGCAACGAGGCCGACGUUUUGAAGCGCUACCAGCGUAUACUGCAGACGGAGGGGACAAUGGGUGAUUACGAUAUUGGAGCUGCUGUCCAAGGCGCCUUGUAA